AUGUGGCGGCUGCUGUGUGCGGUGGCAGGGGCCUCUCUCACAGUAGCCGUGCCCAAUGGACAGUCUCGUCAUGUCGAUGCAGGUGUCUUGCGCGAUCUGAACGAAAUUGAGGCCGGGCUUUAUGCCCGGAACCUCACGGCUGUCAAAUCGGUUCUUUUGACGGUGGCUGGGUCCUCCAACCUUACUGGAGAGGAGGUGGAUGAGAUCUUGGACGGUGUAAACGGCAUCGUCAAUGACACACUGGAGCCGUCAGUGAAGACGGACUUUGCUAUUGCGCAAGACCAGAUGGACGGCUUCUAUGAGCUUUUCCUGAAGUGCGAGGAGGACCAGUUGCACGCGUUCAACAGGUCGGUCACGGAUCAGGCCAGCAUUGUGCAGUUCACGAGCAGCCACGAGCUGUGUCGCAAGCAGCAGUCGCUCAUUGCGGACCAGGUGGUCUCAUGCACUACGCUGCUGACUGCUGCGGAGAGCAUCCAGUCGGCCAAGUGUACGCUCUACAGUGAGACCGACGUGCUCCCAACAACGCCCCCGUGCCUCUCUCAUGGGGGCGAGGAUGUAGAAGCCUACCAUGAGCGGCAAAUCCAGGAGUUCGAGGCAAGCCUGAGCAACCUCCUCCUGCGCAAGCAUGAGUGCGGGAACGCUACGGAAAGGCUUACCACACAGAGGGGGCAAUGCACCAGUGCAAACACAUCACUGUCAGAUGUGCGGAACGAGUGCGACUUCAAGCAGCUCAAGUUGGACAACUCUGUGUGCGAUCUCUCGGCGAAGAUGGGAAUCGAUUGUGCGGCAUACAACACGUGCCGACAGCAGGCCAUGUACUCCUUCAUGGAGGCCAACUCUUCUGUGAGCGUCACUGAAGAAGAGCUGAAGGUGACGUGGAAAAUGCUGCAGCAAGUGAGAUGCAUGGUCGAUGCCGCCAAGAACCGGGACCCCCACCUGGUGGCCAUUUGCAGUGAGAGGAAGAACUACAGUGUGGCACAUCUUACCAUCAACUACACUGGCGUGCCGCCCUUCGCCCCGUGCCAAACCCUCUCCGAGCCGCCGGGUUCUCCACAGUACAUGGAGGCCAUGUAUGCGAAGAUGCCGAAGAAUGCCCCGGUCUCCGCAUGCCAGGCUUCAUGCUGUCUCAGGAAUACGACGUUCGCCCGUUGA